AUGAGCAACUCAACGGAAGCUGGUGAAGAGGGGGCUGCUGCGCUGCGGUUGGCCCUCACCAUCACGCAUCUGAUUCUCGUCUGCAUUGGAUUCUUCAAUCUGCUCGUCGUUUUUAUGAUUCUUUUGAAGCCCUACAUGCGAAGCAUCACAAAUGUUUACAUCUUGAGUCUAUGCUUGGCUGACUUCAUCUAUCUCUUCGACUUAUCAUUUGUCGCAGCCACCCAAUUAAACCAAAAAUCCUGGCCAUUCGGCGAGAUGGUCUGUACAUUCUUCCAUGGCUCCGAAGCCACGGGAAAAUAUGCGUCCGUGCUUUUUGUCGUACUCCUUGCUGCGGAUCGCUACUGUGCUAUGUGUAAACCAUCAGUUUGCGCCAGGUAUCGAAACUAUCAAACAGCCAUUGGCCUCUCCUUGGCUGCCUGGAUGACCGCCCUCUUCAUCUCCAUGCCAUUAUAUUUCGUCUCCGAAGUGAUGCCGAUCGUGAUUGAGAGGAACAACGAGAGGAAACUGAAUCUAUUCUGCAUCGUCAAAUGGCCCGGGAAAGAAGUGGCGAGAACGUACAUCGGGCUCUCAUCAAUCUCCAUUUUCUUCAUCCCAUUGGGAAUCAUUGUCUACUGCUACUACCAUAUCUUGAACAAACUCCGGGAAGCCGUUCAGGGCUCAAAACGUCUUCGUCGAGCUGGCACAACUAAAGCACCAUAUCAAAGGGUUACCCGACUUGUCCUCUGGGUUGUGAUUUUCCACGUCAUCUGCUGGUCACCUUACUGGAUCUUCAACAUGCUCUCCUCAAUUUUCACCGUCAAAAUGAGCUCCUGGCUCGAACGAAUCGUCAUCAACAUCAUCUACCUAUUCCCAUAUAUCAACUGCGCCCUCAACCCCCUCCUCUACGGGAUAUCAUCCGAUAAUUUCCGUAUGGCCUUCCGCUCGGUGUUCUGCUGCAGAAAAGAGGUAGCACCACCGCGUGAAGGGAAAUCCUAUAUGGCGACCAGAUCGACCUACGUGCGCAACACGGUACAAAAUGGGUCCCCGAUCCAGGAAUCCCCGGUCACGUUCUAUUCCGCUCCCACCGAACAGCCGGAAGUGGAAGAGGCGAGGGUGGAACAAAUGCUGAAUACUCAUUUUGUUCGCGAAAACGGUCAAGCGAAGGAGCCGCUGCGAGCGCUCAGCGUCUCAAGGCCAUCUGUCCGAAGGAGCUUCUGCAAUCUGCAAUCCGAGUGGCGGAAAAUGGAUGCGGAAUCUGGGGGUGAUUGGCGGAAAGCGUCGAAUGAUGAGAUCAGGCGGCUGUCGAGGGCGAGUGCACGUUCAUUCAACAGCAAAUCGUCCGGUGGUGGUCGCAUGACUGAACGCGAAAAAGAAUUGGCCGAGUCUGGGUUUGAUAUGAUGUUAUCUCUACUUACUCUGGGCCUAUUUGCAACCGCAACAGCUCAGCAAUUCGCCCCACAAGCCCAGCCUGUCCCUCAGAACGGUCCGCGUGUCCUCUUCCAGGCCGAAGCCAGCAGCUCGGCCCAGCUAGACCCGUGCCAAUAUCUGUUGUCGAAUUUGACAAGCGUUGAACGCCUCGAAGACCAUGAAUUCAGCACCCUUGAGCAGUGCCUAUAUUACAACUUGGCUGGCGAGACCGCCAAGCGCAUGAGGAGAUUCGGGAUCCCGCAUCCUAUUGCUGCCGUCCCUCCGAAUUACAUCUCGAAGAAGCCGGUCAACAUCCAUUUGGAUCAGCUGACCCUUCAGCAUUUUGAAUUGAACGAGUUCCUGAAGGACGUUGCUAUCCAUGGAUACAUGGAUAUCAACUGGGAGGAUGAUCGCUUGACUUGGGAUGAGGGCAAAUGGAAGAUCAACCACCUCCAAAUCCAGAGUGUUUCUCAUAUAUGGAUUCCGGUCUUCAUUGCUAACAACUACGAAACUGCGCUGAAGAACGGAGAUGCUUUUGAGCUGCGCAAGGUCGAGACUACCAACAAGGGAAAUGUUACUGCUACCAUGGCCUUUAGCCUGCGCGCUUUCUGCGACGACUCCGACUUCCAGAACUACCCAGAUGAUAUCUACAAGUGCUGCUUCUCGCUUGAGCCACAUGUUAAUGCUGAUGUCAUCGAAUUCACCACUUCGAACAAGCCGAUUUUCACCGACCCCAAGUACUUCCGUGACUAUGGAUGGAGAUUGUCCGGAACGAUCCCGACUGCCCAGACUGACCCAGCCCAGGUAGCUCAGUACAACUUCUGCAUUAACCUGCAACGCUCGAGCUCGGCUGUCAGAAUUGAGCUGACCGUUCCCCUGAUGGUUGUUGCCUUGAUCUUCCUGUUGACCCCGUUCAUCGGGCGAAUUAUGACGCAAGUCUACAUCAAGCUCGCCUUGGUCGGCCUCCAGUUCCUGACCUUCCAGUUGUACUCGGCCCGCAUUGCGCCUCAUCUGGGGUCGGCUGCCGCUACACCAAAGCUUAUGCGUUUCCUCGAGUUCUCCGUAACGAUCAACACCGUGUCGAUCGCCAUCUCCAUCCUGAUCCACUCCAUCUCGCGCAUCCGCCGAGAACUCCCCCCGUGGGGAAAGCUCAUCCAAAUAUCCAACAUUGUCAACAAGUUCCUUUGUGUCAUCCAAGCCCAUGCCCCAGAAGAGGAAAUUGAACUUGGCGCCAAGGCUACCACCAACUACCAAAAGGACUGGCUCAACGCUUUCAUUGCUAUGCACAAUUUGGCCAUGUUGGUCAUCACCUUCGUCUUCCUCGUCGGCUACGUGAUCAUCCUG